AUGGCCCCGGGCGGCGCUGCGCCGGGGGCCCGCGGUCCCACGGGCCGCCCUGGCCGCGGCCGCCGCCCUCCGUCAGCGCGCGCCGCCCGCGCCGGACCUGGCCGCCUCGGUUCGACUCGACUGCGCUGGGCGCGGCGCGGACGCUGCGGAGCGCGGGCUGACGGGCCACACCAACCGGCCCGGCCGGGACAACCGCCGUCGCCGCCGCCGCCGCCGCCACCUUCCCGACUUCUCCUGAGGGGAAAAGAGGAGGAAGGGGGACGGCAAGAGGAGGCCCGCCCCGGGCGGCCGGAGGCCAAGUGGCGGCCGGCGCCCUCUGCUGGCCAGGAGGAGUUAGUUACUGCGGCCGCGCUGAGGCGUGGAAUUGGGCCGGGGCAAAGUAGCAAAGAUACGCAGGAUCCCUUUGGGCACACAGCCCGCAGGAUGUUAGAAAUCACCCCUGCUCCUCGGUUCCUGAAGGAGUACAGAGAGACCCAGAGAACUGAAGUUCCAAAAUCACUCAGCUCCUGAAUGGGAGAAGAAGACUAGAACCCACCAGCCCCCAGACCUCCCAUGAAAGUGCCUGGAUGCUUCGCACAGGGCUUCUUCCCAGGAGAGGAAGAUCCUGAGUUCUCCAUUCACCCUCUCUGGUCCUGUAACGUUUCCUGCGCCCUGCCUCUUACUUCCCUCUUACAGCCCUCUGACCUCCCACCUGCCCCCUGACCUGUUCUGUGCCAACGGUGUGUGCUGAAUGAAGUUGAGGAACCAGGCCCCUUAGGCCUCGUUUUCCCCAACUGAGUAUGGGACUUUGGGUCAGCCACCUCAACUCUCUGUGCCUCAACCUUCUCAUUUGCAAAGUGGAUGAGAAUACUGACCGUGCCUGGCGCGUAUUAAAUGAGACAGCACACGUAAAGCGCUCCCAACAAUGGAGGCACGCAUUACCCAUUGCCACCGUUAUCUUCAAAUGAAGAAACGCAUCUAUCCUUGAAGCCUCGGGCCAGAUUUCGAUCUUACGUGAAGCCUACUAGAUUUUUGUUUGUUGGUUUCAACUGAUGGAAUGGUUCUUGGUUCUUGUUUAUUAAUUUGAAGCCUUGAAUA